AAAAUGACUGACGUUGAAAAAAUUAAUUUGGACAAUAUUAUAGCUCGGCUGCUUGAAGUGAGAGGUUCAAAACCAGGAAAGAAUGUUCAAUUAACAGAAAAUGAGAUUAAAGGGCUUUGCGUAAAAUCAAGAGAAAUAUUUCUCAGUCAACCCGUUCUUCUCGAACUUGAAGCUCCGCUAAAAAUUUGUGGGGACGUUCACGGACAGUAUUAUGACCUCUUGCGACUUUUUGAAUAUGGAGGGUUUCCACCAGAGUCAAAUUAUCUAUUUCUUGGUGAUUAUGUUGACAGAGGAAAACAAUCUCUUGAAACAAUUUGUCUUUUGUUGGCCUACAAAAUUAAAUAUCCAGAGAAUUUUUUUCUUUUACGUGGCAAUCAUGAAUGUGCUUCAAUUAAUCGAAUUUAUGGAUUUUAUGACGAAUGUAAACGCCGUUAUAAUAUUAAACUUUGGAAGACUUUUACGGAUUGUUUUAACUGCCUACCCGUUGCUGCAAUAAUUGAUGAAAAAAUAUUUUGUUGUCAUGGUGGACUUUCUCCAGAUCUUCAAUCAAUGGAACAAAUACGCCGGUUAUGUCGACCAACAGAUGUGCCAGAUCAAGGCUUGUUGUGUGACCUUCUUUGGUCUGAUCCAGAUAAGGAUGUUAGCGGUUGGGGAGAAAAUGAUCGUGGAGUUAGUUUUACUUUUGGCCCCGAAGUUGUUUCUAAAUUUUUGCACAAACAUGAUCUUGAUCUCAUAUGUCGUGCACAUCAGGUUGUUGAAGACGGCUAUGAAUUUUUUGCAAAGCGCCAAUUAGUGACUCUAUUUUCUGCCCCAAAUUAUUGUGGUGAAUUUGACAAUGCUGGAUCUAUGAUGACUGUCGAUGAGACCUUGAUGUGCUCUUUCCAAAUACUUAAACCAUCAGACAAGAAGUCUAAAUUCCCUUAUACUGGUGUAGGUCAAAAUCGACCAGUUACUCCACCUCGGGCAGCGCCAGCUGAACAAAAUAAAAAGACUAAAAAGUGAUUUUUUAAUAAAAAAAAAGUUUAAUUUUUGUGUGUUGUAGGUGUUUUUUUUGUUUAGAGUUCGUGGCUUUCUUCUUAAUAUGGGCUGGUUGAGUUUUCAAGGGUUUUUUUUUGUUAAAGCCUGAUCGAGGCGGCAGAUUUUCAGGAGUUAAAACUACUAGGGUCGGAACUUGAACCCGAACUUUUCGACCCUGACUACAGACACCGAAUUUUUUAACUCCGAACUUUCCGGUUUUUAAAAAAUUAUGUCUGCAAGUUUUUUUGCGGGCAAGAAGAAACUUGCGGACUAAACCUUGUGGGUAUUUUUGCUUAAAUGGUUCGAACUUGUGUCGAAAAGUUCGACCUCGAACCGACUCCUCAAACCGGUUAGAGCUCUCUCGUGCCCUGUUGUC